AUGGUUCUCAUAAGACCAUGUCUCACCUUCCUAAGCCAAGUGUGUGCUUCUCAACAGCUGGCUGUCUACGGUAGGCAAGGCCAUGGGAAACGGGACAGUGCAGGGCCCCUGAGGACACAGAAGAUGAUUGAAGCUAUCCCUAAAGAUAAUUCUGUGCUGUCUGAGAGAAGAAGGGAGCUCCAUAAGGAAGUUGAAGUAGCUAAGAGGAAUUUGGCCCAACAGAAAAUUCUAUCCGAAGGUGAGUCAAAGUUAGUAGAACAACAACUUGCAGAAGAAAGCAAGCUUUUAAAGGAGCAAGAAAACAUGCGAGAACUGGUGUUCAACCUUGUGCGCAUGACUCAGAUCAAGAGCGACGAGAGGGAGCAGAAGUCCAAGGACUUCCUGAAAGCUCAGCAAAAACAUAACAACAUUGUUAAGGAAAUCAAAGCAAAAGAUCUUGAAAUCAGGAUAUACAGGAAGAAAAAACGUGAAAUUCAUCGGAGACUCAGAGAGUUUGCUAAACUGUAUGACACAAUUCGAAAUGAAAGAAACAAGUUUGUUAAUCUACUUCACAAAUCUCACCAGAAAGUAAAUGAAAUAAGAGAAAGGUAUAAAAUGUCGUUAAAUGAACUGGAAAUUUUAAGAAAUAGUGCAGUUAUUCAAGAAAGAAAGUUGCAAAAUAGCAUGCUGAAACAUGCCAACAAUAUUACCAUCCGAGAGAGCAUGCAAAACGAUGUGUGCAAAAUCAUGUCAAAGCUUCAGGAAAUGAAAGAGAAGAAGGAAGCCCACCUAAGCAGCAUGGACCGGCUUGCCAACACGAUCACCAUGAUAGAAGAGGAAAUGGUGCAGCUGCGCAAGAAGUACGAGAGAGCUGUGCAGCGGCGGAACGAAUGUGGCGUUCAGCUGAUAGAACGGGAAGAAGAAGUAUGCAUCUUUUAUGAAAAAAUAAAUAUCCAAGAGAAGAUGAAACUAAAUGGGGAAAUUGAAAUACACACCCUGGAAGACAAGAUCCGAUUCCUGAAACUGAAGAUUGCUGAGAAGCAAAGACAGAUUUGUGUGACACGGAAACUAGUGCCAACCAAGGCGGCCCUGGACGCUGACCUAGCUGUGCUCCAGAUUCAGUUCUCACAGUGCACAGACAGAGUAAAAGACCUGGAGAAGCAGUUUAUAAAUCCUGAGGGUAGCAGAGCCCGCCUCCUUCCAGGGAAGGAUCUGACGGAAGAAGAAAUGAUCAAGAAAUUAGAUGAGCUGGAUAUGCAGCUGGCCAGGAAGGAGGAGAAGUUACUAGAGAAAGAUUUCAUCUAUGAACAGGUGUCCCGGCUCACGGACAGGCUGAGCAGCAAAACUGAGGCCUGCAAGCAGGACACACUGAUCCUCGCCAAGAAGAUGAAUGGCUAUCAGAAAAGGAUCAAAAAUGCUACCGAAAAAAUGAUGGCUGUUGUUGCUGAGCUGUCCAUGAAACAAGCCCUGACUAUUGAACUCCAAAAGGAAGUCAGGGAGAAAGAAGAAUUCAUCUUCUCUUGCCAUUCUAGGAUGGAGAAGGGUCUGCCGCUCAAUAAAGAGAUUGAGAGUGAAUGGUUGAAGGUACUUCGAGAUGAAGAAAUGUAUGCCAGAGCCAUUGCCGAAACAUCUAGGGCAUCCUCAGAAGCAAAUAGUCGCCUGCUGCCCAGUGGUGUCUGCACAACUGCAGAGCAGCGUCCAAACGCCUACAUCCCUGAAGCAGAUACCACUCUUCCCUUGCCAAAACCAUAUGGUGCUUUGGCUCCUUUCAAGCCUAGUGAACCUGGAGCCAAUAUGAGGCACAUAAGGAAACCGGUUAUAAAGCCAAUUGAAAUCUGAAAAUGUGAACCAAUCCAGGCUUCUCAAAAAGAGACUUCCAUCAGACUUCCUCUCACCUAUGCUGGAGACAUGAGCAUAAUCGUCCAGAAAGGUAGGCCCAACAACAGAGCACCAUGGGGCUCCCUUUCACACUCAGC